AUGGAUGUGGGUUUAAUUGUAUACAUUCUCGAUCUGAUUCGGUAUAUUUAUAGAAUUUAUGCCAUGCCCAUAUAAACAAUUAGGUUAAAUCUUGGAGAUAACCAUUCGCCGGGAAAAAUGGUUGCGACAAACUCCGGCGAGUUCGACCGUGCGAAAGAGCUAAAAGCCUUUGACGAGACAAAAGCAGGAGUGAAAGGACUUGUCGACUCAGGAAUAACGGAGAUUCCUCGGAUCUUUCAUAUUCAGCCAGGUACCUUAGCCGACAGGAAACCGCCUCUCCCUCUUGCGAUUCCUACUAUAGACCUGGAAGGUGCCUUCAAGGACGAGUUUUCACGCAAGAAUGUGGUCGAGGAUGUUAGAAACGCAGCAGAGAAGUGGGGAUUCUUCCAAGUGAUCAACCAUGGAGUUCCCUUGAGUGUUCUUGAAGAGAUGAAAGAUGGAGUUCGUAGGUUUCAUGAAGAAGAUCUUGAAGCCAAGAAGCGAUAUUUUUCGCGUGAUUACACGAACAGAUUGGGUUACAACAGUAAUUUCGAUCUGUACAGUUCGCCAUCUGCGAACUGGAGAGACACCUUGUCUUGUUACAUUGCCCCAGAUCCUCCAAAGCCGGAAGAUAUGCCAGAUUCUUGCCGGGACGUUAUGAUGGAAUACUCGAAGCACGUGAUGAACUUGGGGAAUCUGCUGUUCGAACUCUUAUCAGAAGCUCUAGGUUUGAACCCAGAAACCCUAAAAGACAUGGACUGCGCAAAGGGUUUGUUUGUGCUUAGCCAUUACUACCCGCCAUGUCCUCAGCCUGACCUAACUUUGGGCACAAGUAAGCACACAGACAGUUCCUUUAUCACAGUUCUUCUUCAGGACCACAUCGGUGGUCUUCAAGUUUCCCAUCAAGAUUGUUGGGUCGACGUUCCUCCUGUUCCCGGUGCGCUCGUAGUUAACUUUGGCGAUUUCCUACAGCUUCUAACGAACGAUAAGUUCAUAAGCGCGGAGCACAGGGUACUAGCGAACCGAGCUGGGCCACGAAUCUCGGUAGCAUGCUUCUUCAGCACGGGCGUACUACCGAAUCCCAGAGUUUACGGACCAAUCAAAGAGCUUCUGUCCGAAGAGAAUCCUCCAAAGUACAGAGACAUGACAAUAACUGAAUACACAAGCAAGUACAUCUCGAAAGGCCUUGAUGGAACAUCGCAGUUGCGCCAUUUCAGGAUAUGACACGCCCAGACAAGAAAAUGUCCGAAGCUGAUGGGUUUUAAGGAAAGAGAUUCAGGGUGUAAAUAUAUAUUGUAAUUGAUCUGUAGACUGUAAAGAAAUCAAGAGUCUAGAUCAAAUAAAGAAUAAGGAGAAUAAGAGGCGGAAGCAAAGAGAAAGGGAGGAAGAAGAAGAUCGAAUAAGUUGCAGAAGAAGAAAAGAAAUUCACGUGUAUAUUGACAUGGAUACUCUUUACAAUAUAUAGAAUACAUUCUAGAAAA